AGGCGGAGCGGGGUGUUUGUUUGUAACACUCUGAACUUCAACUUGUAACACAGUUUGACAUCGGCAGACGUUUACAAUCAUGGCAACCGUGCGAGUGGCGGUGCGAGUUAGGCCAAUGAGCCAAAGAGAGAAGGAUUUGUCCUCUCAGAGUAUCAUUCAUAUGGAAGGGAACAAAACAUCAAUAAGCAAUCUAAAGUUACCCAAAGGGAUUGCUGGAUAUUCUGCGCGAAAGAGAACAAGGACGUUCUCGUACGACUUCUCCUAUGAUUCAACUGACUGUGAAAGUGCCAACUUUGUCUCUCAGGAAAAGAUUUUUAAAGACCUGGGCUCCGAUGUUUUAUUGGCUGCAUUCCAAGGUUACAAUGCCUGCAUUUUUGCCUAUGGCCAGACAGGUUCUGGGAAGUCCUUUACCAUGAUGGGAAGCUCGGAGGACAGAGGCCUCAUUCCCCGGAUCUGCGAGGGCCUCUUUGGCCGGAUUGCAGGAAUGACCCUGUGGGACAAGGCCUCCUUCUGCACCAAGGUCAGCUAUCUGGAGAUCUACAAUGAACGAAUUCGCGAUCUUCUCAGAAAAAAAUCCAGCCUAAACUACAAUUUACGAGUGAGGGAGCAUCCCAAAGCUGGACCCUACGUGGAGGACCUGUCAAAGCACUUGGUGCAGAACUACUGUGACGUGGAGGAGCUGAUGGAGAUGGGAAACGCCAAGCGCACUACCGCCAGCACGGUUAUGAACAACAUCAGCAGCCGAUCCCAUGCCAUAUUUACCAUUAACUUCACUCAGGCCAAAUUUGGAGGUGAGAUGCCCUGUGAAACUGUCAGCAAGAUCCACCUGGUGGACCUGGCUGGCAGCGAGAGGGCACACAACUCUGGCUCCUCAGGCGUGCGACUGAAGGAGGGAGGCAACAUCAACAAAUCCCUUGUCACUCUGGGAAAUGUUAUCUCUGCUUUAGCUGACUGGUCUGAUGAUGGCGUGUCCCCAAACAUGAAGAAAAGACACGUUUUCGUGCCUUACAGGGACUCUGUGCUGACAUGGCUUUUGAAAGACAGCCUUGGUGGUAACUCAAAGACAAUAAUGAUUGCAACGAUUUCCCCUGCAGAUUUGAACUACAGUGAAACCCUGAGCACUCUUCGCUACGCGAACAGAGCCAAAAACAUUAUGAACAAACCCACGAUCAAUGAGGACUCCAAUGUUAAGCUCAUCCGAGAGCUGAGGGCAGAAAUUGCUCGCUUGAAAGUGCUGCUUGGCCAGGGCAGUCAGAUUGCACUUCUUGACUCUCCCACAGCUUUGAGCAUGGAGGAGAAACUUCAUGAGAAUGAGGCCAGAGUGCUGGAGCUGACAAAGGAGUGGACAAACAAAUGGAAUGAAACUCAGAACAUUCUCAAGGAGGAGACUCUGGCUCUACGGAAGGAGGGGAUCGGUGUUGUCCUGGACUCUGAGUUACCACAUUUAAUUGGCAUUGAUGAGGACCUCCUCAGCACAGGGAUUAUUCUUUAUCACUUAAAGGAAGGGAGAACGAGUGUUGGCCGUGAUGAUGCUGAAGUGCAACAAGACAUUGUUCUUCAUGGCCCUAGUCUGGAGAGGGAGCACUGUGUGUUUGAGAAUCUGAAUGACUUGGUGACUCUGGUCCCACUUGGCAGCUCCCAGUGCUUUGUAAAUGGCAUACCAGUGAUGGAGCCCUACCAGCUUAGUCAGGGUGCUGUCAUAUUGCUGGGGAGGAUGAAUAUGUUCCGGUUUAACCACCCGAAAGAAGCAGCUAAAAUGAGGGAAAAGCGGAAGAGUACAUUGCUCUCCUCUCCGAACUCAUCUAUGACAGACGUUUCUGAGAGCAGUGAGAACCUGUCUUCAGUAAUGUUGUACAACCCGGGUAGGAUGGAGUGCAGAAGACGACAAUGUGAAGAGCUGGAGACACUGGAAUACGAAAGACUGGAGCAUGAGAUAUAUCGGUCGAAGCAGAAGAUGUGUGACUGCAGGGGUGGCAGGAGGGGUUGCCCCCUGGGAGCGUGGGAGACAUCAGGUCACAGCAGCCCUGCAAUCGGUCCCAAAUCAUGUGUGGCUGGGCUGUCUUCAUUUGCAAACGACAGGCUACUUUCAUACAUUGAGGGUGUUCCAACAAGAUUGCAGAAGCUGGAUGAAAUGAACACUGACACUAAUAGCAAACCAUCAGAAUGUUUAAAGGAGGAUGAGAAGUCAGUCUGUGACACUAACCCUCUUAAACUGACAGAUGAGAAUUAUGAAGAACUGCCGCAUGGCAUCCAGUAUUUGGAGGCUGUGAUUUCAAGUAAUGAAAUAAGUAGAGUUGAUAGAAAGACAGCUGAAGGUUUUGUGAAGAAGCUCUCGCCAGAGGAGUCUGACUGUGUUAAUCAUCUGGAGAAGGGUCACCUUUGCAAGGAAGGAGAAAUGCUCAGAACAGCCAAGACAGAAAAAGAAGUGGAUGUGUCACCUCAUAAAUCAGGUAGGCUUGAAAUGCCGGCUGAGUCGCCAGCGGAAGAGAAAGGGCAUCAGGCAUGCCUGCGUAGGGAGCGGGACAGACCAGAAAAUGACGUCAGCCAGAGUGCAACGAGUAGCGACGGAAGUGGCAGUAACCUAAGCAAAAGUCAAAGUGGCACAAAUGCACAUCCACUUACUGGGAACAUGGAUGAGGAGCUGUGCGGGGUCACCCUUCUGCUCCUGCUCUCAGCUUCUCAGGCAGAUGGAGGAACUGCUGCCAACAGGACAGAGGUCCAGGAGACCUCUGAGGUGCCCCUGCCAGGCCAAAGCCUGCCAAGGAGCCCAUUAGUAGAAAUGGCUGUCGAGGGCCAACUUAGUGAUGCUGGAAUGCGCAAAGUAUCCACCAAGGGCCUUGUGGAGCCAGGACAGGAAGCAGUAUCAGAACAUAAAAUUGUACAACAGUACAGUGGGGAUGACCAGAACAAAAGCUGUGACUACAAGCUGGCCAGAAGGCUCUCUUGCCUCUUCCAAGGUGCCGGCAGUCACCUACGCACAACCAAGCGGGUCAUCCGUCAGAUUGUAAAGAAGACUCAUUUUCACAGCUGGUACAAACAGAUGUAUAUGAUUGUGAAGCAUCUUUCACUUUGUCAAAAUAUACAUCUCAAAGUGACUAUCAAAUCAGAUGUCUGGGGAACUGUGCAGCUGCCAGAUACACUCAGAAAUUUCCAGAAUUAUAUUAAACAUCAGAGUCUUCUGCAACCAGCUCAGACCAUGGCAUGGUCCCAUAAGAGCUCUCUUACUAUUAGCAAGGAUGUUCAGUUUUUUUGUCAGAAGCUAGUGCAAUUUCCUCUUUGUCUUCACAAGCUGCAGUCUCUAACUCCCCAAAAAUUGUUGGCUUGCUUGGGCCAUCUCAUACCAGAUACCAUUCCUAAUUCUCAGAUGCUUUUGGGUGUUUACUGGCUUCACUUUGCUAACAGCCAUCAGCCUGCUCCACAGCCUGGCUGUGUGCUUUUAUUUGAAUCCAUCAUAUAUGCAAUAUUCCAUGAUCGUGACCUUCAGGGAGAUGAGAAGGGCCUGGCUGUGUUCCACCAGCUCCAGUUGCAGCGUAUCAGGGAGGUCCACGUGGGCUUUGCCGGGCAGCACGUCAGGGUGCUGGGUACCACAGAGCACACCAUUUUUACUAUGUAUACAUACAGCAAGCAGUUGACACAGGGGCUAUGCCAAGCCCUGCUGAGGGGGCUGUCUCCAGAGGCUGAGGAGCUUUCAAGGAGGCACCCACUUCUCCAAGGAGACCUUAUGGAGCUCUCACUUAACUGGAAAGCUUACAUACCUGACCUCUGCCUAAACAGCAGGCUGCGACUGAGCUCACAGUUCAAAAGGGCCCUAGCGGACCUUGUUUACUUUCUCCAUGGUAAUAUGAAGGAAAAGCCAUCUCUAGCGGAUGUGCACCUCCUUCUCUACACCAGCGUGAGAGUCAAGGUGAGUCCCCACCCACGGCCACACGCCAUCUCAUGGCUCCUCCUCACAGAUACCCAUGUGGGGCUGGUGCAGGAGGAUGGUGUGUUUCAUCCUACACCACGUUCCAUCACCCUGAUGCCCAAACAAGCCCACUUUGAGCAGGUUGCCCUCCGCGAACUCUUAGACGUCCGAUGCGUCUUGGUGGCUGACAGAGACUCCUUCAUCACCGUGGAUGUAGUCUUCAAGGCCACCAGGCUUCCAGCUGUAGAGCAAGAAGCCCCUCAACUCAUGAGUGCCACCAAGGAAAUUCCCAGUGAACAACAGUAA